UAUUGCAACUCGUAUAGGCUUAGUAUCGCCCUGAAUUUGCCUUGCCAUUGCAGGCUGGGCCCAUUGAGGAGGGCUGGAUAGGAGAGGCGGGGUGUGUGAGGCGGUGCGUGGGUGUGAAGACAGGUAGCAUAGGCCUAUGAGGGAGAGGGAGGGUCCGGGCCGCCAUGAUUGUGCUGUUGCUAGGCUGGGUAGGCCUACCAGCACCGCCUCUACAUUUCACAGGGUCAUUGCAAGCACACCUAGCCUCCCCCUGGCCCCUGUGUGGCUGGGACAUGGCCCGGGACCCCCGCCGGCUGGCCAGGCCUACACACCACUCCAACGCUCGGUCAUGGAGGCGCUGUCUGAUGGGGGAGUGCUGGGGGGAGAGUCCCAGAUUAUUGGUCUCAUUGGAGGGGAUGAGCUGGGUUUGGUGGAGGCGUCAAUGCUGCAAGGAGAUCCAAGCGUGGGGGUCAUGAUGGAGCUGGUUGGAGGUGGGGACAGUGACGACGAGGCUCUCUCUGCCGCCUUCUCCACCACCUUCUCCACCACCACCACUUCCCCAUCCCUCCGUCAGCUGGCCACGUCCUCCUCCGCCAUCACCUCAUACACAGUCACCUCCUCCUCCCCUCCCCCAUCGUUCGCCAGUCUCAUCUCACAGGGGGAUCGUGGUGGGGGUGUGGUGGGUACUGUGGUGGAGCUGCCAGGCCACCAGAACCCUAUUCCUACCCCUCUCUUGCUGACACACCCCCCACCACCACCACCAUCACCUCCACCACCACCAGCACCAGCACCACCAACCCCAACCCCAGCAACAGCAGCAGCAACAACAACAACAGCAACAACAGCAGCAGCAACAGCAACAGCACUCGUCUUCCCCACACAUCUCCCUUCCGAUGCUGCACCCCCUCCAGCACCUCCCCAGGACACAGCCUCCACAGCAGACCUUCUUCCAGCCGUCACCUUGUCCCCGGGGCGCUCACAGGGCACCACAUAUCCAAGUGUCGGAGGUGGGGCAGGUGGGGGAGGAACAGGUGGGGCUGGGGAGGGUGGCGGUUUUGUCCCAUAUCUUUCCCCGACAGCACUGCAACCCUCCCCGCACCCGCCCUUCCUCCCCCAGGUGAAGUCAGAGCCACCUCAUGGUGAGCCAGCAGCCUACCUCCCCUCUGCCUUGAAACCCGAGCCACAAGAUGAGUUCCUGGACCCGCUGGAGACUCACCUAGAGCCUCCACAGACACCCACACCAGCCCUGCCCAUUGUUUUCGCCCCACAGAAUGUUGUUGUUGGCCGGGGCACGCCAGGGGGCCUCUCCUACACCACACACCAUGGGCCGCCCCCAACGCCAUCCCCAGGAGGCAUGUCCAGCUUAGAGGGGAAUGGAGGGGGCUCAGGAGGUAGUAAUGGUGGUGGGACAGCCCCUUCCCCAUCCCCACAGUACCUCUACCCUCCCCCACACACCCCACAUGCAAACUCUCCAUAUUUACUCGAGCUUGCACCAUUACCUGCUCGCAAUCAACAACAACAACAACAGCAGCAGCAGCAGCAGCAGCAGCAGCAACAACAAGGUGUCUCCUCGCAGCAGCAACAACAACAGCAACAGCAACAGCAACAGCAGCAGCACCACCAGCAUCACCAGCACCACCAUACUCAUCACCAUCACCAUUCACCACACACAGCACCACAGCAACACCUCUCACUCUCACCAUCCUCCCACACCAGUAGCCUGACCUCCAGUUUUGUUGGGGGUGGCUUGACGGGGUAUUACGAGCCCCAACAAACACAGCAGCAACAGCCACAGCCUCCAUCACAGCAGCAACUACCUCAGGAGGAUGUUCGGCAAGCCACAGCCACAGGGACACACAUGUUGUACCUCCCUGCCUCACAACACAGCCUUAAGACACGGUUAAAGAUGACGCGUAAGAAGUCUUCCUCCAGUCCCUUGCCACAGACGGAGGACGACCUGGUGCCCGGCAAGCAGAGUGGUGACCAGGCCAGCAACGACUCAGACGAGGACAACCUGGUCAUUGAUACUGGAAGCAAUGGCGGUGAGGGGUUCGAGUGUGGUGAGUGUCGCAUGGUGUGCCGGACGAGAGGCAGCCUACGCAAGCACCUCACCACAGAGCACCUCCCUGAUGAGCCUGAGCCAGCAGAAACCAUUCCUAAGCAGUACCUAUGCACCACACCUCUCUGCCACUUCACCACCACCAAGCGUGACGCCUAUGAUCUCCACAUCGCCAGCCACAUCGCCGAGGGUUGGACACCCACAGGGAAGAAGCGGCAGAACAAGAACCCCCUACAGAGGCACAGGUACAACAAGGAGGAGCUGAUGUGUCCACUGUGUGAGUACGCCUGCACAGUGGAGAAGGCUUUCCGUCGUCACCUGAAGGCACACGAGGCAGGCUACCGCGGCCCUGUGUCCAAGAUAUCCUGCUGCAUCUGUGGCAAGGACCGGCCGAGUGAGGCGGAGAUGAAGAAGCACAUGAAGAAGCACCGGUGUGGCAAGUACUACCGCUGUGACAUCUGCAAGUUUCAGACGGUGCAGCUCAAGAAGCUGAUCCAACAUCGCCGGAUGCACACGGGGGAGAAGCCACACCUGUGUCCAUUCUGCCCUUACCGAGCAGCGCGGCGAGACAACCUGCGCUCACAUGUACGGAGAAUGCACAAAAGGGAGAACAUGUAUGGCGACACCUUCACCCCUCGCCCUGUGCUGGUGGCUGAAGCGGACUGCCAUGACCACAUCACCACCAGGCCCCCCAACCAGGUCCCGGGCACACCACAGCAACCACAGCAGCAGCAGCAACCACAGCCUCUCCAGCCACAGGUCCCCAAUACCCUCUCAGCCCUCCCUCCACAGCCACACCCCGCUGGGACACUAUAACUCUUGGCUGGGGUAUAGGUGAUGUUCAAUUGUUUCUAGCUCAAGUGUGUCUCUCCUUUAUCUCUAGGAAUGGCAUUAUCUUCCCUGCCUGCUGGAGUAGAGGCAGGAUGGAAGAGGGGGGGUGGGUGGAUAGAAAGGAUGUGAGUGAGUGUUUGUAUGUGUGUGUGUGUGUGUGUGAGUUAUUUCCUAUGAUUAAUGAGUUGGUGACUGGAGUUAGUGGUGGAUUUCUGUUAUAUGCUUCCCUCCUUCAUUGUGUUUAUACUUUUUUUCUGUCUGUCUCUCUAGGAAUAGUGUCAUCAAAGCGAGUAUUUUUAUUAUUAUUAUUAUUAUUUUAUUAUUCUUUAUUGGACAUUGUAUCAGCGGGAGCACGCUAGUAAUGAGGGACGAGUGAGGCAGAAGGAAUGAGAUGGAGUUAGUGCAUCAUAGAGAGAAGAAUUAAGGGAGGUCUGCCUCGCCACUAGCUUGUUGAAGAAAACAUAUUACUGUAAUUAAUAUUAUCGUUUAAGCAGAAUUUAAUCAGAUUUAUAUUGUUAUGUUACAAAAAAAAACAGUUUUUAUUUAUUUUUUUCUGUCUUUGAGUAAUUUUUUGUCUUAAGUAUAAGGAAGGAAAUAUAUUAGAGUUUUGGUGCAGGUUAGAUCCAGGGAAAGAUUGUUUUGGCUCCUAGAGUCCUGUGGAACCGGUGGUGAGAGAGAGAGAGAGAGAGAUGUAUGUUUGUAUCAGCCUUUGCAUGCUUGCCAGUGUAAAUGAGAGAGAGAGAGAGAUACAGAAAAGAAUAUAUAGGAUAAUAAGAAUUAGAGACAGGACUAUUGCAGUAAAGAAAAUGUAGAAAAAAAAAUUAUAUAAUAUGGAAUGACAGGAAAUAUAUGAAUGACUGAGGUGAUGGUGGUGGUGGUGGUAGUGGUGGUAUAGGGGAGCUGAGGUAUAGAUGAUUUGUAUACUAACAUUAUCAAUCAGUCCUUGUAUGCCUGCUGCUCUUUGGAAUAUUAGCCCCAAAAAAAGAGAGAAAUUGAAGAAAAUGCAGGAUAAACUAAGAGAGGUUGCCAGUUGAAGCUGAAGAGACAGGAGACAGAGAAGAACUUUAAUCAUUAUUCAUUAUUAACUGACCUGAUCUUAUUUGAUUGCUAAAGUUUACUAGAGAGUGGGAAUGCAAACCUCUCCCUGAUCACCUCCUCCACACCCCACCACUGCCACCACAGAAAGAAGGCGCUUGGUCCCGUUCAUAAUGCUGAUAGAGAGGGGGGGAGGGGGAAGGGGACUAGACAGGUCAGCAGAUAGAGGGUUAAGCUGUAGACUGGUUAUAAAGAGUGUCACAUGUGUCAGGCUUGGGUGGAAUGACAGCAUUGAUUGCCCUGUUAGUCUGCCGAUGAAUUGAGGAAGUGUGCUGCAUUUCUCAGUUCAAAAUCCAGCUGUGGAAAGUUGCUUUGAUGUGCUUCAUCAUCUUCACUUUACUCGCUAUUACUGUUAGUGGCUAGGGUUCUCUCUUUAUCUGUGUGUGUGUGUGUGUGUGUGUGUGUGUGUGUGUGUGUGUGUGGAGAGUAGAGGGAGCUUUGAGGGUUGGCAUGAGGACCGAGGCUGGAGAGGAACAAGCAAGCAAGCAGGUAAUGUCUUUGUGCAAUAGUAAAGCUGCUGCUGCUGCUGCUGCUGCUGUGAGAGGGACAGUGCCACACAGCCCCCAGUGUGCUGGCUGCUGCCUGCUACGGGCCAGGCACUGCCAGUUGUGUGCCUAUGGCCAGGGACAAGGAGAGUGCCAGACCGUGCCCUUAACAUUGUUACCAAUAAUAUUACUAAGAGUGCCGUGGCGAAGUGACGAGGAGUUUCAGGCUGUCUCAGUGGGCCUUUUGCCAUUAUUAUAAUUUAUUGUCAGUAUGGUUUUUUGCUUUAUUAUGCUUGCUAUAUACUGUUCAAGUGAUGCAGCCCUAAGGUGCAGGGCUGGGCAGGGUGGACCUGGCUGGUGGGUGGGUAGCACUUCAUGCCUCAGCCAUGCUGCAGCAGGCACGGGGACACCACUACGGGUAGACACUGGCACAGUGCUGCCUCCAGGAGCUCCUUCUUUAUUACAUGUACUCAUAUGCAUCUUGAUUGACCAUUUCUUAACAGUUCCUGUGAUGCAGUUGUUGAAUUGAUGGAGGCAGUCAUCAAUGGCUUAGUGUAUGUGUGUGUGUGUGUGUGUGUGAGUGAGUGAGUGAAUGAGUGAGUGAGAGAUUGCCUAAGCUGCAUUCCAGUAACGAAAUGCUAUCCCAGUCCUCCAUGCAAGGCUGUGGUGAGGUGAGUAGUGCAGGAAGGAGUGCCGCCAGCCAGCCGGGUCUCAUUGUGCCCUUGACCUUACUGUAUCUACCUCAGGAUGACCAGCGUACAACCACAAACCCCCCAGCAUAUGUUUUUAUAAAUAUAUAUAAAUGCCUAUAUACAUAUACCAUAUAUAUAUAUAUAUUGCGACUUGCUCAGCCCAGUUGUGUUGUUGCUGCUGCUGCUGCCGCUGCCACCGUUGCCACAUCUCAGGUUUUUUGGCACGCGUGCAUAUGUGUGUGUCUGCAUGUGUGCGUGUGUGUGUAAUGCGACGAUCCAGUGUGUGUCUAGCUCAGGAUGUGUUUUUUAUCCAUUAAGUAAGUUUUACCAAUGUACAAACAACACCACAAGCAUGGUUACCCCUUAAGUAUCUCAGGAAUUUUAACUAGUACAAUGUUGAUUGCCUAGUGAGGGGGAAGCAGGGAAGUGGAGGAGGAGGAUGCAGUGGUGUUGAGGGCAGGAGGUCUUGAGUGUAGCAUCCACCACCCUCCUGGUGGAGGGAGGAGAAGGGAGCGAGGCGUCUUGCUCAGCUUCCUGACGUUGUUCCCGUCAUCCUGUAGUGCAUUCCUCCUCCUUGCCCGGCCCUGCUUCCCUCCCCGUGUCUGAGGCACCACAGACAGUGCCACAUCUGAUGUGUGGGAGUGGGUGGCAACUCCCGCAGUUCAUCCUUUUUUUGUACGCGUUGUUUGUUUGGUGGCGACGGCAAUAAGAGAUGGACUUGCCCUCUUGUUGACUGACUCGUCAGCUGGCUGACCAUGCGACUGUAGGUUGACUGAAAUUAUUUACUACUGACAGAAUGGCCGGCUGACUGAACGGCCUUGUGACAGACUGACUGGCAUGUUGGCACCAGUCUUUGUCAUUGCUGCUGCCGCCGCCGCCAAGCACAGCAGGUCUCAGGUUAUGUGUAGCAUUGUAGUUGUUGUGUGCACAUCACCCACACCCAUUCACCGACUGAAUGACAGACUGACACACACACGCAGACUCACCAGGUGCCUGUGCUGCACUGGUGAUGUCCUGUUGGCCCACCACUGUUCAUCAUACUGCUUGGUGGCCCUGCUGGUCCCUCCACCUCCACACCCAAGUCAAAAUCAUUGCCUCCCCAAGCCUUUGCAGCAUCACUGAGGAGAGACACACAUAGGUUUUCAUUUCAGUUUAAUAGUAAGCGUUAUGAGUUGAGGGCAUAAUUUUUUAGUAUAUUUAAACGGUAAAAAUUCAUGAUCAGAGCACAGUGAUGCUUCUUGUUUUAUAUUGUGAUCCAUGUUUUACUUCAUUGGAUCACUCUUAUUGUAGUGGAAUAUUAUAUUUGAUCCUGAUGCACGCCAGCCAGCCUGUUUGCCAGCAUUCUCAUACAGGGUACUCUUUCCUUUAUUGUAUAUGAAUAAGGACUUCAUAUUCUAUUUAGAAUACAUGCACAUCAUCACUGAAAUCCCUUAAGUUGAUAGGACAAAUGCCUGCGUGUCAUUUCUUGUCUGGAGAUGACUUUUUUAUUAUGUAUUUCAUUUGCCACAUCACUUACCCCUUGUUUGUUUUUCAUUUGAAGUCAGUUCUUAUAAUAUAUAUAUAGUAUUAGAAUCUAACCUAACCAACUACCUCAGUCUGGGCAAGCUCAUGCACUGGACUACAAACAAUUUACCUCACACAAGUUCAAAAUGUAUAGAUAAUCUUCUGGAUAAGCUUGUGUCAUCACAUUUUCUUGACACUUCAUGCUGCAUUAAGGCAAGACUACUCAACUCAUUCAGUCCACACCAGCACCUCAAUGUGUUGUGUUGCCAGUUUUGUGUCUCCAUAGUUUAGUUUUAAAGUGUUACCUUCAACAUUCACUUAGGAACUCACAACUUUUUUUCAAUUUUUUUCUUUGAGCAGGCAGAGUUAAUAUAUGAUUUAUGACAAUGUACAUUAUUCCAUAUCAUUUAUAAGUAUACCAGAUAAUUCUAUAUCAUUCAUAAGACGUAAAGAAUUCUAUAGCAGUUAUGAAAUAUAUAUCCGCGCAUACAUACUCUAUAUUUAUACAUAUAGUUUCUUGCUAUAUAUAAAGCUCAUCUCAAGAAUGAACUAGUCUAUCUCAGGAAUAUCUAGCAACAAUCCCUGAUCUACCUCAUGUAGUCUUUAUGUAGAGCAGCUCACACUAACUAAGGUAAUACAUGCAGAGGACUGGACUCUUUCACUGAUAAGGACAAUAUUGCAAUCCCUUGUUCAUUUAAAUAUCUGAGGAUUUCAUCAAGCAAAAAUGAAGUAAGGCUAAGCAAGGUUACUUCAUCAGUUUCCUGUUGCUGCUUCAGACUUGUUAUCAGAGCUGCUUGUUGAAAUUAAAUUGUUACACUUGUCUGAUGUCCUCCACCUCCUCCUCCUUCUUCUUCUCCUUCUCCAUCUCCAUCUGCAUCUCCUUCUCCAUCUCCAUCUCCAUCUUCUCCUUCUCCUUCUCCUUCUCCUUCUCCUUCUCCUCCUCCUCCUCCUCCUCCUCCUCCUCCUCCUCCUCCUCCUCCUCCUUCUCCUUCUCCUCCUCCUCCUCCUCCUCCUCCUCCUCCUCCUCCUCCUCCUCCUCCUCCUCCUUUCACUUGUGUUUGCUAAAAUUGUACUCAAACUUGCAGCAGCGACUUCCACCAAUCCUCUUAUUGUCAUUGGUGUCUAUCAAAAUUCUAAGCAUGCACCAGAUGAGUUAGGACCACCAGGGAGCCUCGUCCGUGAAAGAGUCUAGGAAAUCUGCUUAGUCUGGCGUUUACAGCUUUACAAACCCCCACAACCUUCAGUAUACAAAUAAUCUACCUCUAAUGUUUAAGACAACUCACCUCAGAGCUUAACAAAAAGUACAAAUAUUCAGAAUAACUCACUCAACGAAGACUUAAGGGACCUUUUUUUUGUAUUCAGUUUGUGUAGGCCAAUAAUUGUAGUGGUGUCAGGACCUGGGCAUCUCAGCACCUCACUAGGCAGGCAUCUGUAUGUGCACUGCGCUAUGGAUGCUGGAGCGAUAGUCAUUGUGUGAUAGCUUUGUUAUGCUUCUGUUUUGAUAGUGACUGUAUGUUUGCUAUUGAGUGUUCUUUGUUUUGUUCCAGUUAGGAAUGUGAGAUCACUCUAUGUGUUGGAAAAGUCAUGGUUUUGGAUAGUUAGUUUCUGAUGUGAUGUGAAUAUUCAGUGAAAAUUUAUAUCAUUGCAUUUUUCUGGCAAUUGUAGGUUUAGUUCAGUUUCUCUUUUUGAUGUGCAAGUUUGUUUUAAUUUUUUAGGUUUACUGGUCCAGUUAUCACUUUUUCUCUUGAAGAAGGUUCAUGUUUGCAUCACAAUGACCAAUUUGCUGUUCUGUUCACUUUGUAAGGUUAUUUAUUUUCCUCCUUAGUGGUUCUGAUUAAUUUGUUUGAGAUGUUAAUGCAGAUUAUUUGACUGGGAAAUGCUGCUAAUAUUUCAUAGUUUUGUUGUGAUGAAGAAGGCUUUGAAGGCAGGCUUGCUAUCCCCCAUACUUCCAAUGUAUUUACUGUACACUUUGCCUCAGUGGGGAAUAGUAACAUUGGUACAAAAGUCUUGGUGUGGAAAGAGAAAAUAGUUUGAUGGCAGGAAUGUUCUCUGGUAUCUCCGCUGCAGUCAUCUGUCAAUUCAUGCAAUGUAGAAAAAACAACAUUAGUCAGGAAUUUAGUAUUGAUGGAGGAAAAAUAUGAUGGCAAGAAAUGUUAUCUGGUUCCUAUGCCACAGUCACUGCCUGCCAUGAGGGACCAGCAGCUGGGCAGCCACCACCACCAUUAUAACACAUAACACAUACACAUUUACACAAUUCAUCCAUCCCACAGUCACCACCGCCAUAUUGUACGCGCACGACGUCAAGCUCAAUCGACUUAACUGUUGUUCCUUUACGGGUAUAAUUAGUUUUUGUGUAUGUUUGACCAUUAAUUAUUGACUUGUUUUUUACCCCUCACAUUAUCGCCCUCUACCUCUCCCGCUCCCAUUCCUCUUGUGAUGGGACCCGUGCGUGAUGUCUGGUCAGUGCGUCACCAGAGGUCACAGCUCCUCCUUGCCCUUCACUUUCUAAUGGUUGAUUGAUCAGUUGUUGUUGGUUUGUGUGAUUGAGGCAUUAACUUUCUUCCCUGACCUGAUCUUUCACUCUACCUCUGUCCUGUCUCUUUCCUCUCCUUUCCCUAGCCUCUCCCUCCAGCCCUGCCCAACAGCCAGCUCCUGUGGGUGUCAUUGUGGCGUCCAAGCAGCUGACUGUCAUGGGAAGGGCCCAGGCUUGACAAACUUGGAACAGACUAAGGCAAGAUGAUUGGAUUUUUGUGUACUGUAUUUCUGUUAUUGUGACUUUUCUCUCUCUCUCUCUCUCUCUCUCUCUCUCUCUCUCUCUCUCUCUCUCUCUCUCUCUCUCUCUCUCUCUCUCUCUCUCUCUCUCUCUCUCUCUCUCUCUCUCUCUCUCUCUCUCAAGAAAUUUUGUUGUUCUUGAUGUAUUUUUCUCGUACACUUGUAACUAAUGAACUAUUGGCCAGCCCCUUUCUACUAUUAAUGGCCAAUCUGGCAGACUACAAUGUGUACUGUUGUUAAUGGAAGUGGUCAUAUGAAUUCAUCACAUCCCCAGUUCUGUGUUUCUCAUUAAUACAGAAAGUCUUCAUUAGUUCUUAUAUUAGUUUUUCUGAAGUUCUUGGAUGUAAACAUUUCAGAUGUGUGUGUGUGUGUGUUCUAUUGAGUUUGAGAUAGUAUUUGAGUCUAGCAUAAUUUCUGGAGGCAACUGUACAUGAGUAGUGAGAUUUCCAUGGGUUUUAACUUGGCAGGGAGUGAGUGAGUGAGUGAGUUCUUGAGCAUUGGCCCUCAGCUGAUCUUGCUCCAGAGUGAAUGAGUGAGUGAGUGAGCAGUGGCCCUCAGCUGACCUUGCUCCAUCCCUGCUGUUUCUUGUUAUCGGUUUGUGUGUCUGUGUGUGAAUGAGUGAGUAUUCAGUUGUGUGAUUAUAGAUAAUUUGUGUAACCUCAGGGAUUGUCAUUAUUAUUAUUAUUAUUAUCAUCAUCAUCAUUACUGUUAGUUAUGGAACCUCAAUAUUAGAGUGAUUUUUUAAUGUUAUGUGUUGUAGUAAUGUUUUCCGUCUCUUAGUGAACUUAUCAGGUAUUCUGUCACUUGUCUCUUCAUCUCUUCCUACAUUCACUUCAUUGCCAAGUUAAACUGAACCCAAGUUGAAGGAGUUGCCUGUCAGGUUUGAGGUACAGCCGUGUCUUGCAACUCAUGGAAGAAAAUGGCUUGUGUAGAAAUUGUUCUUUAGUUGUCACCUUUUUCCCCUUUCUUUUCUUCAGUAUGGGCAGUCUUGUAUUUCCAUCUUGGUUUGAGAGUAAAUGGUGCAAGUCUGCCUGGAAAAUUGAACUGCUGAUGAAUUUCUUAUGAGUUAGUUGACAAUUGCAUUCAUUUGAAUUUGAACUAAUAAGUCGGAACCAAAGGGUGAAAUUAUUCUAUUUGGAUCUCUUCAAAGCUGUAAUUUGAAUGUUUGUGAAUUCCAGUCAUCUUUAUCUACCAUUCUGCCUGUCUGUCUGUCUGUCUCUGAAUGGAUCUGCUUUGGUGUGUGUGUGUGUGUGUGUGUGUGUGUGUGUGUGUGUGUGUUUGUCAGCCUGUCCUGUUUCUUCAUACUGUAUCAGUGUUAACCCUUUUUUAUUUCUUAUAAUCCAAUGUUUAAACUCCCUCUCUCUGAUUAUGAUUUGGGAGUGACCAGUCAGAUGUCAGGGCUUGUUAUCAUUACCACUACUGUCAUUAUUAUUAUUAUUAUUAUUAUUAUUAUUAUUAUUAUUAUUAUUAUUAUUAUUAUUAUUAUACUACUACUACUACUACUACUACUACUACUACUACUCUGUUCCAGUUUGAGGUUAAUGGGAGAAUUGUCUCCUCUUAGCAACUUAAAAAAACUUCUCAACUAAAAAAAUGAAUUACUAUGUAGAUUCUAUAUAUCUUUAUUAUAUAAGAUUUAAGUCAAACCUGUGUAACUUUUAGACCGAGUUGAAAAGUUUUUGUUGAUCAUCUGACUAUUACUACUAAAGUUACUGGUGGAAGUUGUGCAUUUCUUGUGUACUUUGUAAAUCUUGGUAUCCAGUCAGUACUAGCCUAACCAAACACUCCCUCCUUUUUUUCUCCAAACAUGGAUAUCUUAGGAUGGUGUGAGGCAAUUUAUUUUAUCCCAUUAAAGCUUAGGGCCUCAGGUCAUAGGGUGGAGUGUGUGGACAGACGGAACACUUUGAAAACUUAACUAAUAGACAACGAACUGCAAUGGAUUUGGAACACAAGUGACGAAUCCAUCAUGUCUGGCUUGGCUUUGUGUGCAAGCGUUUCCGAAGCUUGUGAGUAAGAUUGAGUCAGGAGCGAGAAUUGAGAUGUGCUGAGCUUUCACACAAGGCGGCUCCUGCUUUUUAGACCGAGCCAAUGUUUAAUGCUUGGUCUUGGAACUUGGCGCUGUAUUGCUCACCUUGCAUGUGGUAGUUUGACAGCCAAGUGUUGAUGACAUACUUGAUUUCUGGCCAGUAUGUGACAAGAGAAGAGUCAUUAAUCCUAAGCUCUGGUCUCUGUCAUUCUUCUCAAGUGUGGGUCAGAUAGUGGCAAGUCAAGAGGACCUGAUAUGAAAUGCUCCCGAUGUUUAGUGCUUGAAUUCUUGUUUUGUCUCCAGUAAGGAUAAGAAGUCCCUGUUUGUUUUGCAGUCAUGGUUGGUAGUUGGGACAGGAUUCCUCCACUUCUUAACCAUUCAUGGGUACAGUCCGGCUCACAAGUUAUGCAACUUACUCUUACUGUUGUGUGUUGUCCCUCAAUCCAGCAUCCUCGUGUCUGCUAACAAUCCCACAGGACUUGAUAAUGGAUGGAUUUUUAGUGGAUGAAGGGCUUUGAGAUUCAAGGAGAACACUGUAUAAGAUGUGGGAGGGACUUAACCAUGAUUACUUCCUGUUGAAUUUUAAUGUAGUUCAGCGACACUGGUUGAAGAUGAACUAUUGUGCGACAUAUUAAGCUUUUUCAAGUUAAAGAGGCCUUUGAGUUUAAUGUUUUGUAUGGCUGUUAAAACUUAACGUUGUAAAUGUCAUGAACAUCUGUACACUCUUUCUUAUGCAUCAAAAUGGGCCUUCUUUCUUCACUCUGUCAAUCUUUUGUGUAGGGACUUUUAAGUUUAGUGUAUUAGUAUAUUUAGUAUCUUUAAUGACAUGCCAUAACUAUACUUGCCAUGGUCCUUUGAUAAGAAAGUUUAGCUGCCAUACACAAGGAUGCAUGACUUAACUUCUUGUGCACUUCAGGGAUGACAUUCAUAAGUAAUAAUGAAUGGGAAUGGGUUAAUGUCUGUAUUCUUACUAUUGUGUUGCAGAGUUAGAACACAAGUCUAACAAUGAACAUGUUCCUUAUGGUCGUAUUCAGGGUAGAAGUUUUAGCAUUAGGGCUAAUGUUACUUUUAAUACCACUUCUGUGUUACUGUUUCAGGGAGCAAAUUUGUUGCCAAGUUAGUCAGCAGUGUUACUUGUCAUUUUCAGUGUGAUUCAGGAAGACUUAGCAUUAGCUGGAGUGCAGGGAUCGUGUUACUGGUGUUGCCUCUGCAUUAUGUUCCAAGGAGCACAUUAUUACUUAAUGUUACAGAGAUAAUAAGUCACACAUUACUGUACAAUGUUGGGAUGUCUGCUAGAUAGAACAUUACUGUCUGUUCCACUGCAAUAUAAUACGACGCCAGUGCAAGGAGGGAAAAAUGGCCACGUUUUGCUGCAAGUUUUCCAAUACUUGUCUGAAGUUCACGCCAUGAUAAAUGUUCCUGAAGUUUUGUGCCAAUGUUGUAGUUAACCAGCAAAUGACAUGCCAAUAUAUAUCCUAGGAACUUGCAUCAUUAUCAUGUGGCAUUCAUUGACAGUUCUCUGGGAAAUACUCUGAUAGUUGCUCAGACACAGUGGUCAUGACAUCACCCACACAGUACCGUGUCCACCUUCCUGAUGCCACACAAACCACCCUGCACUUUGGCCUUGAGUGCACGCCAGUUCCUAUCGCCUCUGGUCUCCUUGGUGAAGGCGACCGAGGCUAGCCAGGGAGCUGACCAACCUUAGUGGGUCUUAUAUUUUUCAUAGAGAAAUACAUAUUCAAUGCAUG